AUGUUGAAUGUAACGUCAUGUGAAAAAGCUCUAAUCGAAUUGUCAAUAUCAUCAAAUAAUGAUUAUAUAAAUACUGAACCAUUUAGAACAAUAACAUUGGCAUUAUUAAGAAUUUAUCCACCCUUGUUUGUUAUUAUCGGUACUAUAGGUAAUAUAUUGUCAUUUUACGUUGUUUUACGUUCAAAAUUACGUAAAAAUUCAACAUUUAUCUAUUUAGCCGUAUUAAGUAUAAUUGAUUUACUCGUACUCUAUACAUUUUGUUUUAAUUUUAUGAUACAUUCUUGGUUUCAAAUUGAUAUUCAACAAUAUUCUUUAUUUGCAUGUAAACUUUAUUCAUUUUCAAUUUAUUUUUUUCCACAAGCGAGUGCAUGGAUAUUAACAGCUGUUUCACUUGAUCGUGUUAUUGCAUUAACUCGUGUACGAAAACCAAAAAAUACACGUUUAACAUAUAUUACAUUAUUAAUUAUAUUUACGUUUUUAUUUUUAUUAAAUGUACAAUUUUUUUUCUAUGAUAAUAAGUAUUCAUCAUCAAAAGAUAAAAAACAGACAAUAAAACGAUCAUCAUACACCGAUGUUUCUUCUUCCAGUCAUGGUAUUACGUGGCAUGAUUCUCUAGCAUCAUCUACACUAUCAAUAGAAAAUUCUAGUCAGUAUAAUAAUCGUGGCGAUUUUCAUAUCGUUUCUUCUCCAUCAUCAUCAUCAAUUUAUCAUCUUGUCGAUGAUGAUAUUGAUAUAAAUGUUGUUCAAUGUUCAUCAGAACACAAUAAUAAAUAUCGUUUUUUUUACUAUAAUGUUUGGAUUUAUAUUGAUGCUACAAUUAAUGUUUAUUUACCAUUUACGUUAAUGUUUUUAUGUUCAAUUGUCAUAUUUAUAAGUGUUGUUACAACAAUGACAGAUGCACAUAAUUCAAAUAAACGUAUUGUAGCUAAAAAUUUAAGUGUAAUGUUAUUAAGUGUUAAUGCCAUGUUUGCAUUAUUAACUGCACCAAUUGUUUUCUAUUUAAUGUUUGAACAAAAAACAUUUUCAUCAAAUUCCAUAUUAAAAAAUAAAUGUAAUCUACGUUUAAAAGCUAAAUAUAAAAUGAUUAAAUUAAUAUGUAUUAUAUUAAUGAAUGCAAAUCAUACAGGAAAUAUUUUAGUCUAUUGUUUAACGGGUACUGAAUUUCGUAAACAUUUUUUUAAUGUUAUCGGUAUAUGGUUUCAGACAAAUAGUCAAUUUAAACGAAAACAAUAUUUAAGACGAAAAGAUUGUAAACGUUUAUCAACAGCACAAUAUUGUACACAUGAUAGUGGAGGAAAAGAUAGUGAUAAUUCUGGUACAUCAAUUAAAAAACAAAAACAACAUCAUCAUCAACAACAACAACAACAACAAUCUUCACAAAAACCAUUUUCACAAACGAUUAUAAAUGAUCUAGGAAAUUUGAAUGAAGAACAGAUGGAGAUUGAUGAAGAGAAAACAAAAGAAUUUUCUUUACAUAAUAAAAAAUCACCAUUUGAUGAAAUCUAUUAUAUUGACAAAAGUCAUGAACAACAUCAAAUGUCAUAUCCCAUAUUGAGACGAACUUAUGUAAAUAACGUUAAUCAAUCAAAUCGACAUAAACGAUAUGUAUUAUUGACAAAUAAAGAUAGAGGACUAAAUCAAAGUAAAUAUACAUUUUGGCUUCUAGCAUACCUAAAUGUAAAACGAUGUGAUCCAUAG